UACCAAUUCCAAUUCCUCGCUUUCUUCUCAUUUUCCAGAUGGUGGUGCCAUUUCGACGACGACAACUACGUCAACGUGCCACGGUUGGUCCGACUGCUGGACGAGUACAGCCCCACGCAGGACUGGUACCUGGGGAAGCCGAGCAUCUCCUCGCCGUUGGAGAUAUUUCUAGACAAUACCAAAUCGUUCAACGAGGCGAACAAGAAGGUAACCUUUUGGUUCGCCACCGGUGGAGCCGGGUUCUGCAUAAGCCGGGCGCUGGCGCUCAGAAUGCUGCCGAUUGCGAGCAGCGGCAAGUUUGUGGCCAUAGGCGAUAAGAUUCGCUUUCCGGAUGACGUGACGAUGGGAUUCAUCAUCGAACACAUCCUCAAUGUUCCUUUGACCGUGGUGGACGCGUUCCACUCGCACCUCGAACCAAUGGAGUUCAUCCGGCCGGAAACGUUCCACGAUCAGGUUUCGUUCAGCUAUGCCCGAAUGAAGAACGAAUGGAACGUGGUCAAGGUGGACGGGUUCGACCUCAAGACGGACCCCAAGCGGAUCUACUCGCUGCACUGCUAUCUGUAUCCGUUCUUCAGUAUAUGUCCCAAAACGAUCAAGCGAAGAUGAUGACUACUGAGCACCUUGGUAGUUUCCAUACUAAGCCACAGCUAAUGAGCGCCAAACCAAAUCGACGACAACGACGUGAGAGAUGAAAACUCUGUAAAAA